AUGAAGAUUGAGCUGGAAAACAAUUUGAUUAUUUUUCUGGUCUUAUGUACUCUCCACUUUUCAGGGUUUGAAGCUAAUGCCUUAUCUUAUGAUUACACAGCAAGCAUUGAGUGUUUAGAAAAUCCUCACAAACCUCUGUACAGUGGAGGAAUCAUCUUGAAUCCAGAGUUGAAUGUUGGCCUGAAAGGAUGGCAUGCAUUCGGAGAUGCAAAACUGGAACAUAGAGAGCUUGCUGGCAACAAAUUCGUUGUGGCUCGUGGCAGGAAUCAGCCAAGUGAUAGUGUCUCACAGAAGCUUUAUUUGCAAAAAGAGAUGCUGUACUCUUUCUCUGCUUGGAUACAAGUAAGCGAAGGAAAUGCUCCUGUAGCAGCGGUUUUCAAAGCAGCAACAGGAUUCAAACAUGCUGGCGCAGUUGUUGCUGAAUCUAACUGCUGGUCUAUGCUAAAGGGUGGCUUCACUCCAGAUGCCUCGGGCCCAGCCGAACUUUACUUUGAGAGCAAGAACAGAUCAGUUGAAAUUUGGGUUGAUAGCAUCUCACUCCAACCAUUCACCCAAGAAGAGUGGAAAUCUCACCAAGAUCGAAGUAUUAGAAAGAUUCGUAAAGCAAAUGUGAGAAUCCAAGCAGUUGAUAAACAAGGCAAUCCCCUGCAGAAUGCUACAAUUUCCAUUGAACAGAAGAAACCAGGAUUUCCAGUCGGUUGUGCUAUAAACAAAAAUAUCCUGACAAACACCGCCUACCAGAAUUGGUUUACCUCCAGGUUCAAAGUCACAACAUUUGAAGACGAAAUGAAGUGGUACAGCACCGAAGUGUCCCGAGGCCAUGAGGACUACUCACCCGCCGAUGCCUUGCUUAACUUUGCCAACAAACAUAACAUCGCGGUUCGAGGCCACAACGUCAUCUGGGACGAUCCCAAGUUCCAACCGGGCUGGAUUUACUCACUUUCUCCAACAGCUCUGUCUAUGGCUGUCGAUAAAAGGAUAAACUCCGUAAUGUCAAGAUACAAGGGCCAGCUUAUUGCAUGGGAUGUUGUUAAUGAAAACCUACAUUUUUCAUUUUUUGAAAGUAAGUUAGGGAAGCAGGCUUCCGCAAAAUUUUAUAGGUUGGCUCACAUGGCUGAUGGGACGGUCCCUUUAUUUUUGAAUGAUUACAAUACCAUAGAGGACAGCAGAGAUGGGAAAGCCGCAGCAGCUAAGUAUCUUCAAAAGCUGAGAGAAAUUAAAGCUUUUCCUGGCAACAGAAAUUCGCGGAUGGGGAUUGGGCUUGAGGCCCAUUUUUAUACUCCAAACCUUCCUUACAUGAGAGCUUCCAUUGAUACUCUUGCUGCCACUGGAUUGCCCAUUUGGCUUACAGAACUUGAUGUUCAAAGCAGCCCCAAUCAGGCCAAGUAUUUGGAGCAGGUUUUGAGGGAAGCACAUUCUCACCCCAAGGUGGAUGGCAUUGUACUGUGGGCAGCAUGGAAACCACAAGGGUGUUACAAGAUGUGUUUAACUGAUAACAGUUUCAAGAACUUGCCCACUGGGGAUGUUGUGGACAAACUGUUGCAGCAAUGGGGUUCUAAGGCCCUGCUGGGAUUCACAGACUCUGACGGUUUCUUUGAGGCCUCCCUCUUUCACGGAGACUAUGAAGUCAACGUCACACAUCCUUCUUCUUUGGCUCACAGCUUCAUGGUCGUUUCAACUAAUGCAUCCCUGCAAUCGCCACUGAUAUUUCAAGUUUCUGUACGAGCAAAUUUAGACAAUAUUACUAAAUUCGAGGAUUUAAAUAAUAAUAAUAAUAAUUAAAUAAGAAAUAAAUUUCAAAUGACGAGCCAGGCUUAACCGAGCUCACCAAACUCAACCAUUCGUGUGGACACCUCUA